GCUGAGAGGCCAAAAAAAAUUGCCGGCAAAAUUCCCCUCCAUCAUUACCUCAUCAGCCAUGCCGCCAUCCAUCCACAUGUUUCUUAUCUUCCACUUCAUUUCCACGCCUUCAUUCGUUGACUCGGGACAGAAGGAUCAAAAAUUUACCUAGAUUCGAUUUAAGCUGCUUUGCGCAGUCUGGGUUUAGUGCUCAUUUGUAGCGAAUACGACGGAAUAUGCUCGGGCUGGUUGCAUCGAUAGUUGAGCAUUCUCUCGAAUAUAUUUACUACUACAAUCGCGUUCCCUCUUUUCCUCUCAUUGCUCCCCACCCGAUCACCGACUCUACCCCUUUGUCUUAAUCAUGGCACACAACAACAGUCCCUCGCCCUCAAUCGAGGUCAAGAACCUAUCUUUCAAAUUCCCCGACGGCUCCCCCGGCUUGACCGACGUCAAUCUUCAAGUCCCCGCAGGCAGUCGCACUUUGCUCAUCGGAGCAAAUGGCGCCGGAAAGACCACCCUUCUCCGCCUCCUUUCAGGCAAGCGCCUAGCUCCCACAGAUACCAUCACCGUGGCUAGCAAAGACCCCUUCAAGGACGGCCUAGAAGGAGUUACCUAUCUGGGCAUGGAAUGGGUUCUCAACAACAUCGUUCGCUCGGACAUCGACGUGCCGACGCUCCUCGCCUCCGUUGGCGGCAACGCCUACCCAGACCGCCGUGAUGAGCUUGUCGAAAUCCUCGACAUCGACCUGCGGUGGCGCAUGCACGCCGUCUCAGACGGCGAGCGUCGUCGCGUGCAGCUCGCCAUGGGUCUCCUGCGUCCCUGGCAAGUCCUCUUGCUCGACGAGAUUACCGUCGAUCUAGACCUGCUCUCCCGCGCCAACUUCCUCGCCUUCCUUAAGCGCGAGACCGAGUCCAGACCCUGCACCAUUGUCUAUGCUACACAUAUCCUAGAUAAUUUGUCUCUGUGGCCCACUCACCUCGUCCACAUGCAUCUGGGCACCGUCAAACGAUGGGGCUCCAUCGAGAAGUUCCGGGAGGAGGUCAAGGAGUCUUCCCAGAAUAGUCAGUUGGGUGAGCUCGUGCUCAAAUGGCUCAAGGAGGACUUGAAGAGCAGGGGUCCCCGAAACGGGUAUCAGGGUCAGGCCAAGACCUAUCCGUCCCUUGACGGGCUGGGUGGGUACGGCUUGGAAAAGAGACCUGAUGCGUGAUGCAUGUGCACUCAUGAUCGGGGGUUUCCUUUGCUUUCUUCAUCUAUCUACUCUUUUUGAUUUGUUGUUGUUUGCGCCGUUCAACAUAAUUGGUCCAACAGCCAUCACUAGAUAUGCAUAGCAGGGGUUCAGGGCAUCAUUC